AUGGCGGGCUGGCGUUUCGGCCUGCGACGGAUGGCGCUCCUCGCUGCUUGGUUCGCAGCGGUGGUGGCCGACCCUGAGAAGGCCGAGGUGCCGCCGGCUAAGCGGAGCCUGGUCCAGUCCAUGACCGCCUCCAACUGGACGCUGGUGAUGGAGGGCGAGUGGAUGCUGAAAUUUUACGCCCCUUGGUGUCCGUCCUGCCAACAGACUGAUUCAGAAUGGGAGACAUUUGCCAGGAAUGGGGAUAUACUUCACGUCAGUGUAGGGAAGGUGGAUGUCAUUCAAGAACCAGGUUUGAGCGGUCGCUUCUUUGUCACCACACUCCCUGCUUUUUUCCAUGCAAAGGAUGGAAUUUUCCGCCGUUACCGGGGCCCAGGAAUCUUCGAAGACCUGCAGAAUUAUAUCGUAGAGAAGAAAUGGCAGUCAGUUGAGCCUCUGACUGGCUGGAAGUCCCCAGCUUCUCUAACAAUGUCUGGAAUGGCUGGUCUUUUUAGCAUCUCUGGCAAGAUAUGGCAUCUUCACAACUACUUCACGGUGACUCUUGGAAUCCCUGCUUGGUGCUCUUACGUCCUUUUUGUCGUUGCCACCUUAAUUUUUGGUCUUUUAAUGGGUCUGGUCUUGGUGAUAAUAUCGGAAUGUUUCUAUGUGCCUAGGAAUUCAUCUGACCAUUCUGAACAGAAUGAGAAGGCAGAGGAUGCUCAUAAGGCUGAGCGGCUGCAAGAUGCAGAGGAGGAGAAGGAUGACUCGAAUGAAGAAGAAAACAAGGACAGCCUUGUAGACGAGGAAGAGGACAAGGAGGACCUGGGUGAUGACGAGGACUUGGAAGAAGACGAGGAAGACGACAACCUGGCUGCCGGUGGAGAUGAGGAGAGGAGCGGCACCAACGAGCAGGAACCCCCGAGAGAGGACCCCAUAGCUGCGGAGGAAAGGGGUCCCGAGAAGCCCGAAGGGGGGGCCCCUGAGCAGCACUCUUCCGCUUACACAGAGGUGGCGGGGGACUCGCUGAGGCAGCGCAAAAGUCAGCACGCCGAUGAGGGGCCCUAG